GAUAAGUUACAGACUCUCUUUUACAUCCAAUAGGGGGCGCACGGACUGAUCGCGAGGCCGCUGCCACCGUUACCGCCGACGGGAUGCCGCGCUGCCUCAACUUCACCCUCGCCCGGGACCGAUGCCACCGCCGUGUCUUCCUCGCGGCCGGCCUCCGCCCUACCUCCACCGCGCUCUUCGACGGGGCCACCGUCCACUGCUGGGUUCCCUCCCGCCCCGAUCUCUCCCGCACCCCACUCCUCCUCAUUCACGGCUUUGGCGCCACCGCCAUAUGGCAGUGGUCCGUCUAUAUCCGCCCCCUCCUCCGCGCCGGAUUCGACCUCUACGUCCCCGACCUUCUCUUCUUUGGCGCUUCCUCCUCCCUGGGCCCAGAUCGCUCCGAGUCUUACCAGGCUCGCUGCGUCGCGGCCGCCAUGGACGCUCUCGGCGUCCGGCGUUUUUGCCUCGUGGGAGUGAGCUAUGGCGGGUUCGUGGCGUACCGCUUGGCGGCGAUGUAUCCUGGCGCGGUGGAGCGGGUAGUGCUUUGCGGCGCCGGCGUGUGCCUCGAGGAGCGUGAUCUCGUGUCGGGGCUCUUCGUCGUGUCGGACGUAGGGGAGGCGUUACAACUUCUGCUUCCCCAGCGGCCGGAGAAUCUCCGACAGCUUGUCCGUCUUUCCUUCGUCCGGCCGCCGCCGGUGUUGCCGUCCUGCUUCCUCCGGGAUUACAUACAGGUGAUGUGCUCAAAGCAUCGGAAAGAGAAGACAGAGUUGAUUUAUACUUUGGUUAAAGAAAGGAAACUCACAGAUCUUCCAAGGAUUACCCAGUCUACUUUGAUACUCUGGGGAGAGCAAGAUCGAAUUUUUCCAUUAGAAUUGGGUCACAGAUUGAAGAGGCAUUUAGGGGACAAUGCAAGACUAAUAGUCAUCCACAAUGCCAGGCAUGCUGUUAAUCUUGAGAAAUCAAAAGAUAUUUGUCAGCAUAUAAUAAGAUUUUUUCAUGAUUCUCCCACAAAAAAUUACAAUGGGCAGCAAGCACCUCUACUUUCAGACGCAGUAUGAUCACCGAGUGAGUUUCAAAUACUGACCUGUAUUCAAUAAUCAAAGAAGAUGAAGAUGGUAUGAAGCAUACAUUCCCUCCAUGCUCAUCAUAUUGUUACUUGAGCCGACCUUUUAGGUUUUGCUGAGCUAGGUUCUACGGCUAGAACCUUACGAAGACAUCUCUUUGUGACUCAUGCAGAGAUUUGAUACAACAAAACUCCAGCAUCUCCAACUACUGUUGUGUUAAAUUAGUGAAAUUGCAUUUCAUGACGAACAAGGAUUGUUGUGACUACUCGUGCAAUUUUUGUCAUUGUUAUACAAAGAUACAAUUUUGUGAAUGGAUUAUACAUCCUAUAUCUUUCAGGCUAUA